AUGUCGUGGCCUGUCGGUCCUUCGGUUGAUGAGUUUUGUCGUGAUACUGGUGAUGAUUCUGCGCAACAACAUAGUGAUGGCGUGUCUGCCGAUCGUGAUGGAGUAGGAGGGGGCGCUCAUGCACGUGAUGUUCACGCUGACGGCGCUUCGAACGAUGAACCUGAAGAGCCCCACGACCCGUGGGCCUCGGCAGCCUGGAGUGGAGGUCAGGAUUCCUGGCGGGGACACUCCGGAUGGGAAGAGCGGGACCAGUGGAAGUCUUGGGAAGACCACCACUGGCACCAAGGUGCGCAAGGAUGGCAGGACCGCCGCAACAGCUACGGCGGCACUUGGGGUUCUACGUCUACGGGGUCUGUCUCGGCCCAAGGACCGCCUUCUUGGGACCCAGAUCCUCAAGAGUCUGCUCGUGAGGCAUGGAGAUCUCGCGGAGGCAAUGCUAUGCCCGGUGGAUGGCAGCCUCAGAAGCUCGGACACGAUCUGACCGGCCCUCCAAGGACUUCAGAAGUUCCCCGUGGCCCUUCCGAGAAGAUGGUCGUCCCCAGUUUCUCUGGGGCUGUGGAAAGCGGCUCCGAAGACAUCGGAGCCAGUGCUCGGUCUUACAUGCGGCAAAUCGCCGCCUGGAGGCGGAUGACUCGUAUUGAGCCGUCCCGCCAAGCCCUCACUUUGUACCAGCACCUGAGCGGCAAGGCCUGGAUCGACGCGGAGCGCUUGGACGUCGACAAGCUCGCCGGUGACGACGGCAUGGAGUACUUCCUUGGUUGGGUGACUGACAGGUACUUAGAUGUACAAGUCACCCAGGUCGGCCGCUCCCUCGGUGACUUCUUCAGGCGACUCCGUCGCCAGCAAGGACAGAGCAUCCGCGAUUACAUGAGUGACUUCGACAGAGCCUUGGCGAGGCUUCAAGAAUGCGGAUGCCAUCUCCCCGACAUUGCCAGUGCCUGGGUGUUCGUCGACCGGAUGACUCUUGACGAAAGUCAAGAGUUAAAUCUCCUGGCCUCCGUCCAGAACGAGUACAACCUGAAAAGGCUUCAGCAGGCGGCCAUCGUCCAGGACCGCAAUCUCCGUAAGCCCUGGGAAGCCAAGGGAGCCCAGCCUCAAAGACCGGACCGAGGUUUGAAGUGGUGGGGCCGCAAGCCCCAACAGGCCAACCUCGCCGAGGAUGGCUUCGACGACAUCGACGACUACGGCGACGGCUACCAGGACGCUCAAUCGGAGGGUGUCCCAGAACAUGUCGCGGAGGAGCUCUACACCUCGUACAUGGCACACGAGUCCGCCAAGCAGAGGUACAAGGAGAUCUCGAAGUUGAGAGGAAGCGACCCGGAAGGAAUGAAGCAGCUGGCGGCAGACCGCCUGAAACAGGCAAAGGCGAAAAGCUUCUGCGCCGGGUGCCGCAGAAAGGGGCAUUGGCACUUGGACCCGGAAUGCCCUCUGAACCAACCUGGGGGCGGUUCCGGCAAUGCUGGUGCGAAUCCUGGCGGCUCCUCACGCCCUACCGGACCUACUGCGGCGGCUACGAGGAAGGACGAUGAUCCCAAGGUGAAGAGCAACUACCCGUGCCAGCUCGUGUACGUGACUUGGGACCUCGAUGAGAAGGUCCCCACCUCGAAUCUGACGGCGAUCACCGACACUGCCUGCAGCCGUUCUGUUGCGGGCAUUCCGUGGGUGGAAAAGUAUAUGGCCGAGGCAAAGAGAGUUGGGUACCUCCCGCAGGUGGUGGACUGCAAGGACUCCUAUAAGUUCGGCGCCUCGCGCAUUUUCGACUCCACCUACGCCGUCGUUGUCAGCUUUACGGUUGGUGAGAGUAUCAUCCUCCUUCGUGUCGCUGUUGUGAACGGAGACCUUCCACUUCUGGUCUCACGCCCGGCCCUGGCCCAGAUGGGUAUGGUCAUGGACGUGGAGGAGAACUCCGCGUGCUUCAAAAGGCUGAAUGUGCGGGACUUGAAGCUUCUCUCGACGGAGACUGGCCACCCGGCGCUACCUGUGCGCCCUUUUUGUGUCUCUGCCGCAACCAUCAAGAGUUGCGACUGGAAGGAGCGCGAGCUGUUGAUUGUUCCGAAGAUGCAGCAAUACACGGCUUACAUGGUUAGUGCCGGGGUUCAUGUUGGAGAGUGUGAGGGUGAUGUCUGUCACGUUGGUCCACCCCCGCUUCUCCCAGGCCUUUCUUUCGAGGACUCCAGAGGCCCAGAAGCUGUACCAGGCCCCAAGGUGUUCUACCCGAAGAAGAUCAGCAUUGAAGCCUACAACCUCCUCACAUCUGAUAAAGUGACGAGUUUCAGCUUCAUCGGAUACAUGUUGUCCCUAGGAGGUCGUUCUUUGAUCCCAGUGGAUGGUCGACGUCGAAUGUUGAACAGAAGUCUGCUCUUCUCAAUGUCCUCGGGUCCCUUCGGUCAACACAGGGUUUUGCUUGCAAAACACAGCGAGAGUUUCCUGAAGUGCACGAUCAGUGGCAGAGCCUUGGAAGCAAAUCUUCAUUCCCGAUGUUGUGGGUCGGAAGAACUUCUUUUGGUAGAGCCUUCAAGCCCUCCUGUUCUUCUUGCUCGCCCCCUGAUGGCCUCACGGUCCUCGCUUCUGACGGCGCCUGCGGUGACCAAGCAGAAGGGGCUAUGGGAUCUCCGUCGGGACGAGCUACUGAUGGAAGCCGAGGCGAGAGGACUCACCAUCCACGAGAAGUGGACGGUACCGGAGAUCCGUUCGAUCAUCCAGGAGGACAUGAAGCGCGGCGCCCCCGCGACGGAGGUCGUGACUGGAGAGACGGUGCCGCUGACCAAGAUGACGAUCAAGGACCUCGAGAAUGCGCUCGAGGCCUCGGGGAUAGCGAUUCCGGAGAAGGCCAACAAAGGGAUGUUGAUGCGAAUGCUACGAGACCAAGGAGGACGAGGACCCCAGACGGUGCUCGCCUUCGGGAGGUUCAAGGGGCGGAUGUACCAGGAGACCCCGAUCUCGUACCGGCGCUGGGCUGUUCAGGAGGUGUCCGAGAACGACGGGGCCCAGGAGGACUUGAAGAUGUUCGCGGCAUGGGCGAGCCGAGCUCUGGAGGUCACGGACGGCUAUGCGAGCAGCUCGGUUCCUCCCCCUUAUGUGGACUCGGAACACUCGGCGAGGAUCCCCUACAACCCGGAGUCCUUCGGCGGCAGCUCAUGGGAUGUGGUCCCGACGAGGAGCACGGCUACUACCCGGACGUCCACGAGACCCAAGGCCAGACCGACCCGGACGGAGAACGAAGUGAUCGAGCAGCGCAUCCAGGCGCAGCGGCGCCAGGCCCCGCCAUCGUCUCUUGGAAGCCACAUGGACCAGGAGAUCGACCCCCAGGUCAUGGACGAGAUUCAGUACCUCCAGGCGCGGCUGGCGGUGUUGCGCGACCGGCACGAUGAUCUUCCUGGCUCCUUCGAUGCUACCAUCUCCGACACUGGCCUUUUCUAUGCCAUUUUGGCGGGUCUCCCGGAGACCAAUGCAGACUUAAUUCAUUUUCUGAAGUUCGAGCACCUCAUCUGCUUUGUCAAGGAGAUCCUGUCGGAAGACCUUCUGUACUACCUGAACCUCUUCAACCACGAGAUCAUCCUGAAUCCUUUCCUCGCGCUUCGGGUCCUGGUUACCAGAACACCAGCGGAACCCAUUGCAAUCCUGGCGGACUUCCUGGUGAUCCCUUGUCUUCGGCACUACCUGUACCAGGUGAUCCAGUUCCUGGUGACCAGAACACCAGUGGAACCCGUUGCAAUCCUGGCGGACUUCCUGGCGAUCUGUCUUGUGAGUCUCAACCGUCGGGGUCACCUUUGA